CGCCAUUUUGUCCGUCCAUAACAGGAAACUGCUGCUGGCCAGUGGGAACCUGUUGCUUGGCAGUUCCGCCUUCAUGUGCGAUGGAAGGGGGCAUCCAGCAUGACUGAACAACAGGAUCCAAGGACGGACUCUCCACCAUCUUGGAACAGAUGAGAGCUUUUUCCAGUAAUUAGCAUCCAGGUCCGCUAGCUUCUGCUGGCGAGAAAGUCAAAACAAGGGGACCCGAGCAUCUUUUCUCCAGUGGCCCGUGUAUCAUGACGACCCCAGCCAAUGGCAACGACAACGACAAGUUGAAAGGUGACCUGAGAGGUCUCAGCACGCCGUCCAGAGUCGUCCACAUCCGCAAACUCCCCGACGACGUCAGCGAACCUGAAGUCAUCGGCCUGGGCAUUCCCUUUGGAGACGUCACCAACCUGCUACUGCUCAAAUCCAAGAACCAGGCUUUUUUAGAGAUGCACUCAGUGGAAGCAGCAGAUCAUAUGGUGACCUACUACUCGUCAAUGCUGCCUUUCAUCAGGAACCAUCCUGUCUACGUCCAGUUCUCCAACCACAAGGAACUGAAGACGGACCACUCCCCGAACCAGGUGGUAACACAGCUGUUUGCUUUUUUGGCUGCCGUUGACACGCACUCAAAGAAAAUCUUCCUCUUGUUCUCCCCACUUCAGAGGGCUCAGGCGGCUUUUCGAGCCCUCAGCACAUCCAUUGUGGACCUGUCUGGAGUGCAACCUAGUGCCGUGCUGCGUGUGGUGGUGGAGAACCUGCUGUAUCCUGUCAGUCUUGACGCCCUUUGUCAGAUCUUCUCCAAGUUUGGCACCGUGCUCAGGAUUAUCAUCUUUACCAAGAAUGGCCAGUUUCAGGCUCUCCUGCAGUACCCUGACGCAUCUAACGCGUACAACGCUAAAGUGUCCCUGGACGGUCAGAACAUCUACAACGGCUGCUGCACUCUGAAGAUCAGCUUCUCCAAGCUGAGCAGCCUCAACGUCAAAUUCAACAACGAGAAGAGCCGCGACUUCACCCGACCGGACCUCCCCAGCGGAGACAACCAGGGCAUCAUGGAGCACAACCCCAUGGCGGCCGCCGCCUUCACUCCAGCAGGGAUCAUCUCAGCCGCGCCCUACUCGGCGUCGCCCCAUAACUACCCCCACGCCUUCACUCUCCAGCCUGCCGGGAUGACAGUCCCCUCCAUGCCAGGAACGCUGGCGUCCAUGUCUCUUCCGGGGACCACCAGGCUUGCAUUCCCCCCGAGCCCUGCUGGACACUGUGUCCUGCUGGUCAGCAACCUCAACGCCGACAUGGUCACGCCCCACUGCCUGUUUAUCCUUUUCGGUGUUUACGGCGACGUGAUGAGAGUGAAGAUCCUGUUCAACAAGAAGGACAACGCUCUGGUUCAGAUGGCCGACGCCACGCAGGCCGAGCUAGCCAUGUAUCACCUAAACGGCCAGCGGCUGCACGGGAAGCCCCUGCGCGUCAUGCCGUCCAAGCACGCCAGCGUUGCGCUGCCGCGUGAAGGCCACGAGGACCAGGGCCUGACCAAAGACUUCAGCUCCUCGCCUCUGCACCGCUUCAAGAAGCCCGGCUCCAAAAACUACACCAACAUCUUCCCGCCCUCCGCCACGCUCCACCUCUCCAACAUCCCACCCUCCGUGCUCGAAGACGACCUCAAGGUGCUUUUCUCCAGCUGCGGGGCGAAGGUCAACGCCUUCAAGUUCUUUCAGAAGGACCACAAGAUGGCGCUGAUCCAGAUGGCCUCGGUAGACCAGGCCAUCGAGUCCCUCAUCCAGUUCCACAACCACGACCUGGGAGACCACCACCACCUGAGAGUGUCCUUCUCCAAGUCGGCCAUCUGACCACUUUGCCUAUGACCUUUGACCCCUUGUUGAUGAUACCCGCGGCCUUAAGCUCCUCCUCCAUCCUGCUUUAGUCUGCUGGACUCCUUUGGCCACGCCCCUUAUUUGGGACGGCCUUUUCUGGCCUUUUUUGGCCUGUGUUCAGGUGACGGUGGUGCCUUACUAUUAUCACUAUUAUUAUUAUUACUACUACUACUACUAUUAUUACUAUUAUUAUUGUUAUCAUUAAUGUUGUUCUUGCUGUCGAUCCGUCAGUUGGUUUACACUUCCCCGCCCCUCUUCUCGGCUUUUCAUCGAUUUCGCAAUCACGACUGCAUAUUUGGGUAAUCUUUACAUCUAUGGCGCAAUCACAACGGCACAUUUGAGCAAUAUUUGACGACACGUUUCCUGCUCUCGGUCGCCUCGUACAAUCACCUUUUGUCGUCCUGAACCAAAAAGGAGGGAAAAAAAAAUAAAAAGCCUCCGUGCAACACUACAUUCCAAUCUAAGUCGUGAAAGCCGGGAAUCUGCGUUACGCUGAAUGCGCGCGCUCACAGUAAUGGAAGGAGGCGGUUUAAAAAAAAAAACAUGUCUUUAAAGGUUUCUGGCCCGAUUCUCAUCGUUGUGCAAUCAUCUAGCAUCGUAGCAUUUGUAUGGCUAAUCUUGUUAGCAUGUUGACAGUGUGGGCUUUACCAUACCGAUUUAUUAACUCUGCUCCUAUACUGUUUUAUUUAGUAGUCGUGUGCAAUGCUAAUGCUAAAUGUUUGCUAGCAUAGCUAACAUGAGUUAUUUACUAGAAUGUGAGCUAACCUGUUUUUAAAUAUUUACACCAGUUGCAAAACAUGUUUGCUGAUACUGUAUGCUUACUAGCAUGCUGGUUAAUGUUUCUGAUACUGUACGCUUAUUAGAAUGCUGGCUAAUGUGGCGAGUACUGUUUUUUUUUUUAAUGCUUUAAGUACAUAUUUUUUUUUUUUUUAGCAGGCAUAAUGAUGCUUCUCGAUGUUUGCCACAUGAUGAGUGUCUUAUCAGCGCCUCAUGAGGAACCUUUUUGAUUGAUACCAAAUGACUUCAUUCAGGAGAGUAAAAUUGAUUGUAGACCGGUUUUGCGUGCCAGUCACACGUGGCCGCGACUUCCCAACAUUCCUUAAUGUUGCACUGAUUACUCUUACGUCAAAACUGUUCUUCAAAGUCAUUUUCCCAGCUGACUUGAACGCAUCACACGAGAAGCAGGACUGGGCUGGUUGUGGGAUGGGAGUUUAUUAAGUGUACAUAGGUGUUUUAUACCACAGGUUGGUGUUUUUUUAUUAGUUUUAUUUUAUUUGAUCCGAGUGUGUCACUCGUCAACCAACACCCAACAUUAAAUGAAAUGAGUUUUUAUUUAAAA